CUCUAGUAAAGGGUCAACAUGUUCUUACAGGUCCAACAAACAGAGAAGCCCAAAACGAAGUUGGGUUGGGUGAGCUCUUCUUCCGUUCGGUGCAACCAUCCGGACUCCAAAGGAGCGAAGGGGAAACACUGGAGGGAGAUGAACACAACACAAGCCAACCGGUGAGAUUUGAACCGAAGAGGAAUGUUGGUUUAAUCACGCACUUCCCAUCAUCUAUGGAGGGUCAUCAAUAGAUUCGUUAGUGUUGAGAAAUUUGAUGUAUUAUUAGCCAAUGACAUCCAUUCCAUCGAAAAACGUAUGGAUUCGACGGCAGCAAUGCCCUUGUGGGGAUUGGAAAUGUUAUGUUUCGUACGAAGGAGAGGGUGAAGAAACUUGUGUUGCAGCGCAGUUAGUGAAGUCCGAAAGGGUUUCAUCUGAAGCCAUGGUUGCCCCUUAUGUGGGGAUGGUGUUUAAGACUGACAAUGAUGCGUUUGAGUAUUAUGGGAAUUUCGCUAGGAACAAUGGGUUUUCCAUUAGGAAAGAGCGGUCAAGACUUAGCCCACAAUUGGGUGUUUAUAAACGAGAUUUUGUUUGUUAUCGUUCAGGAUUUGCACCUGCUAAGAAAAAGCCCAUUGGGGAGCAUCAUAGAGAUAGGAAAUCUGUGCGUUGUGGGUGUGAUGCUAAGAUGUACUUGUCAAAGGAAGUAUGUGAAGGAAUUGCACAGUGGUUUGUAGUGCAAUUCAGCAAUGUACAUAACCAUGAACUCCUUGAAGAUGACCAAGUUCGCCUCCUUCCUGCGUAUCGUAAAAUUCACGAGGCCGACCAAGAACGCAUACUUCUGCUUUCCAAAGCUGGAUUUCCCAUUCAUCGUAUAGUAAAGGUAUUGGAAUUGGAAAAGGGCAUUCAUGGAGGUCAGUUGCCUUUUUUGGAGAGAGAUGUUAGAAACUUUGUUCAAAAUCGUAAGAAGAUUGUUCAAGAACACGACGCGUUGCUAAACGAGAAACGAGAGAUUGAUACAAUGGAGCUUCUUGAGGCAUGUAAAGCCACUAAGGAAUCGGAUGAAGAGUUUGUUUAUGACUUUACAGUUGAUUCAAAUGAUAAGGUCGAACAUGUUGCUUGGUCAUAUGGAUACUCUGUUAAUGCUUAUGCCAUGUUUGGGGAUGUAGUCUAUUUUGAUACUACUUAUUCUUCAAUCACAUAUGGGUUACUAUUGGGAGUGUGGCUUGGCAUUGAUAACCAUGGUAGGACUAUUUUCUUUGGCUGUGUUUUGUUGCAAGAUGAAACGUCUCGUUCGUUUGCUUGGGCUUUGCAGACCUUUAUUCGUUUCAUGAGAGGAACAUUCCCGCAGACAAUUUUGACUGAUCUUGAUCCAGGGCUUAGAGAUGCAAUAAGAACUGAAUUACCUGCCACUAAGCACAUAAUUCCUAAAUGGAAUAUUUUGUCAAAGGUAUCUAGUUGGUUUUCUCUUCAUCUUGGAUCACAUUAUGCAGAGUUCAAAGCCGAAUUUGAUUUGCUGUAUUCUGUGGAGAGUACAGAGGAUUUCGAUAUUCGAUGGGGUCAAAUGGUAUCGAUGUUCGGCCUUGUUUCGGACAAGCACAUUGAUUUACUAUUUUCUUUUCGGGAAUAUUGGGUACCGUCGUACAUAAGAGGUUGUCUUUUAGCUCAAAUGGCUACACCAGCCUAUUUCAAAUCUGUUGAUUCAUUCUUAAAAGGAGUUUUUAAUGCACAGACGUGUUUGUGUAGCUUUUUUGAGAAGGUUGGCAUUUCAGCCAACUUCCAAGGCCAUGAGCAUCAGGAGAUGCAGUAUUUGCAAGCUAAGACAAAUAUCCCUAUUGAAGAACAUGCACGAAGCAUCCUCACCCCUUUUGCUUUCAAUGCUUUGCAGCACGAACUAGUGUUAGCCAUGCAGUAUGCUGCAUCUGAAAUGGCCGAUGGAUCAUAUCUCGUACGCCACUUUAAGAAAAUGGAUGGAGAAUGUCUUGUGAUGUGGAUUGCAGAGAGUGAACAGAUUCACUGCUCUUGUAAGGAAUUUGAAUCCUCAGGCUUGCUAUGCAGACAUGCUUUACGCAUAUUCAUUAUAAAGAAUUACUUUCAGCUUCCUGAUAAAUAUUAUCUAGAUAGAUGGAGACGGCAAAGCUCUCUAGGCUCAAGUGAUGGUCAUGGUAUUCAGAGUAACGAUGGCGAUUGGUUUCAUGAAUAUCAGCACCUUACUGAGGCUCUUUUUGCAGAAGCGUCUGUCACCAAGGAACGUUGCGAGCACGUCCGUAAGGAACUAAUGAAAGAGCUCACCAGGCUUCUUAACGAGGUCAGGAGAAUGCCAGACGGUGACGGGACUGCAGCUAUGGAUUUGACUGAAUCACCAAAUGGUUAAUAAUGAUUCUGUAAAGGGAUUCUACGAAUUUGAAUUCAUCUGCGUCUAUACUUUGUGCAUGAUUGAGUAUUUGGGAAGGAAGAGAACUGCAUAUCACAAGCAGUUCUUUAAGUUCUUUAAGUUAGAACAUGCCUGGCUAGAACGUUGAAGAGAUGCAGAAUUAUCGUCGGAGGCUCUCGAGCGUUGUACGGUAUCGUAUCACAAGCAUCUGAACAAUUCAGCAUACGUGACUUUGAAUCGUGGAUGAAUGAUUUAUAUCAAUCUCGGUAUGAACAUCUCUCCUAAGCUUAUAAGACAUAUACUGAAUGUUUUGAACAUAGUUAGAUGAAUGAGGCAGCCUGCUACUUGUUUGUCGUUCUUAUUUCUGAAAACUUUAGCUGAUUUCAAUUAUUAUACUUCACAACAAAGUCUACAGAAAGAAAGUAGAAACAAAAGAAGCGUUGCCCUUCUUAUUAUACAGAAAACUGAUGGGAUAUUAGAAACUGUGUUGGACUAAUAGAAAGUUGGAUACUCCAUAGCGUAUGAACAUUAUGAAUUCAUAGGCACUAACACCAUACACCAUUAACUGGCUGAGCUGAGCUCUCAAGAAACAGUGGAGUGUUUGUUUUGAAAGAGAUGAUAGCCAUUAAUUCUGAUCAGGCCAUGUAAACGCCCCCAUUGCAAAGGCCCUCUUCUCCUCCAAACUGCCAUGAAAACUCAAGCCAUAUUCCUUGAGAAGCAGAUCCACCUUCCAGUCCUCCAUCUUCUGGUAAUCUGCCUUGUUGUAACGAGGGUAAUGAAGAGGCAUUUGAAACCCAGAAUCGCAUUUUUCUUCACAACCCCUUUUCCCUUGUGAGCUUUUCGGGACCUCGAUCGGGUUCCCGAGAGGGUAACUUGUUGAAUGAAGCAGCCAUUUUAAAGGCAUGGCCAUCUCUGUUUGGAAGGAAGAAACAGAGAGAAAGGGAAUGUUUUGAGUUAAGAGGCAAGAGGCGGUGAAUGGGAAGCAACUGUAUUUAUAGGUAGGGGAAAGGGAAAACAAAAAGAACAAACAAAACUAUAUACUGGUUUUGUGCCAGAAUUAAUUGAUGGCUAGCUCUGUUUGGAAGGUUGGUAGUGGCUGUGGUGAUUUCGUGAAGUAAUUUUCAAUGGAAUAUAGAAUUGAAUAUGGAUUCAAAUUUGGAGGUGUUGUUUCAAUAACGGCAAGUAGCUUCCUUCUGGAAUGGGGAGUUAGGUGGAGAGAAAAGAAGGAAUUAAGGGUGUGGGGAGUUCAUAACGCUUCCUUCACAUAUUUGAAUGUGAAUCUGGUGAACCAAAACCAGCAGUCCACAGAAGAAUACAUGGAUGCAACCUAAACCAGACGUCCAUUCUCUGUUGAUAAAUUCAUGGGUUUUCAAUCAGAGAGGGAAAAAAGGCGUCUUGAACUUGAUAACGUGGAAGAAGAGGAAAACAGGAAGAACAUGGGCAAUUAAUCGACACCCUGAGAUUUAAGCUAUUGUGAAAUUUGUAUCUCGAAUUUUUUUCAAAUGUGAUUAAUGCAAAUUAGGGACUUCGUUCUUUUGGUAA